GCUGUGCGCUCAAUCACAAAGGAAAAAGUGAAAAUUUGGAAAUACAAAAUUUUCUUUGCUCUUCAAGUCAAGGAUUAGUAAUUUACUUUCGUUUCCAAAACUAAUUUUAUUCAAAGAAUAAAUAAAUCAUAUUUAAGCAUAACUAACAAAAAUAAAACAUCUGUUAAAAAAAUUUGAUCGCAAACGUAAUUAAUUCAAUUAGGAUUUUUAAUUUGUGUGUCUAAUGGAACCAACAAUAAUAAAUUAUUAUGGUAAACAGACAAGCAGGUGCGGCUAUUGCAAGAAUGUCGAAUGCAGUAAUUCUCAUGGAAUGCAUGCCUACAACUUAGCGCCUCAAGACUAUCAAGAUUUAAUCGAUCGGGGCUGGAGACGAUCUGGACAUUAUUGUUAUAAGCCUAAUAAUAAAAACACGUGCUGCCCAUGCUAUGCUAUACGGUGUGAUACAAAUGAGUUUAAACUAUCAAAGUCUCACAAAAAAAUUCUAAAACGCAUGACAAACUUCCUUCGGGAUGGCAAGAAGAAUAAAACUGAAGAAUCUACAAAUACCAGCUCAUCAGCUACAACCAGCCAGACAAGCUCUGAACAAGUCCAAAAUAAUGACCCCGACGACAUCGGCAGAGGCUCUAUUCGUGAAGAGCCUCAAGCUCCCAACGUAGCAAUUAGGGAAGUUAAUAUGGAAGCUGUGGUUAAGGCGAAUCCACAACAAACAUUUUCAAUUCCCGAACAGAAAAAAUCCUCUGAAGUAUUGAUAGUUGGAGCUUCGGCAAACUCGAGUUCAUUAGAUGGAUCAAAAAAAUCUUUUGACGAAUCAAAACCACCUUGCAAAAAAGCAAAACAAAUGCGUAAAGAACGUAAGGAGGCCAAAAUGAAGGCAAAAGCAGCAGAAACAGCAGAAGCUGUAGUAGAUCCAAUAACAGAGCAACAACAAUUAAAAUCAAAUAAGAACCAGAACCAAAAUCGAGAAAAAACCCUUAAGGAUUUCGUGAAUUCUGCUUCACCAAAUGAUUGCCACAAACUAAAGUUGAAAUUGGUAAACGUAUCAAGUAAACAAUUUCCUGCUACGUUGAAGGAUUCAUAUGGAUUAUAUGAACGUUAUCAACGAACUAUACACAAUGACCCGCCGGAGGGUUUGAUGGAGUAUUUAGGAUUUUUACAGAGGUCACCGUUGCAGCAUACAAAAUCGCCCGGUGGACCAUCAUGUGGAUAUGGGUCAUUUCAUCAGCAAUACUGGUUAGAUGACAAGUUAAUAGCUGUGGGAGUCAUUGAUAUCUUGCCAUUGUGCGUGAGUUCUGUGUACUUCUUCUAUGAUCCCGAUUACAGUUUUCUGUCGUUGGGAACCUAUGGAUCUCUGAGAGAAAUCGAAUUUGUUCAGCAGUUGGUCGAAACAGUACCAACACUCAAAUAUUAUUACAUGGGAUAUUAUAUACAUUCUUGCCCAAAAAUGAGAUAUAAAGGAAAACUCGUUCCAUCUUACUUGCUCUGUCCUGAAACUUACACAUGGAAUCUUUUGACAAAUGAAAUGCGACAGCAACUUGACUUACAAAAAUACCUACGAUUAAACAAUGACCCUGAAGCAAACGACGUGGAUGAUUUCUUAGAGACCCAUCUAGAUCUUGUUAUGUUAUUGAUUGAAAACAAUACCUGCGUCACUUACCGCGAGUACAUUCAGUCUUUUAAUAUUGAGACGAUAGACACUAUGUUGGACAUGAUCAGGAGUAGAUUGUAUAAAGAGAUCACUGGUGAAGUUGAUGACCGUGAAUCGAUUCUAGAAUACGGAAAAUUAGUUGGUAAAACUUGUGCCCAUCGCAUGCUGUAUGUUAAGGUUUAAAAAUAAUUAUAUGCAUCUUACAUCUUUUAAGAGAGACAGUGUUCAGUUUUCAAUCAAUUAAUGUUAUUAAUGUUUUUUCAAUAUUAUAAUAAAUUAAAAAUAUUUUCAUGUAAAAUGUAACUUGUUGAACAAAGCUACACGGUAAUGAUAAACAAAAAAGAUAAAAGAUAAAAAUUGAAUAAAAUUUUACUGUCUGAGAUAAUACUUUUAACUUAAAUUUAAAUUUAUAAUUAAAUUAAUAAACAGAACAUAAUAUUUAUAAUGGACCUAAUAUUAAUAAAGUGAGAAAAUGUUCGUUCUUUUAAACGUAAUGCAAUUAGUUUUUAUGCAUGUUAAUUUAAAUUUAAAAAUAAAAUACAUAAUUGUAACACCCCGCUUACACAUUAUAUCUCUGAGUUAAAUUAAAAUGAAACAAAUUUAUUUAAAAUUUUCCCUCAAUAAAAACUAUUUGUUUUCUCUGAUCUGAUUUUUGGUAAUAAUAAUUAUAUCCUUACAUCAA